AUUUUGGCACUUGCUUGUGAUGCACGUCAUGCGAAUUUAUCAACAAAUCAUUAUAUUUCGUUAUUUUAUAAAAUAUUAAUGCCUCAAGAAGGUUCCUUAAAUUACCUAUCAAAAUCAAGUUUUGUUUUGAUCUGGCCAACGUUAUCUUUUUUGCUCCUUGAUGCCCAGUCUAUUGAUGACCAAUCCAUGAUCCUCGAGAUUAUGCAAAAAUUAAUCGAACUCAAAUUAAAGAACAUCAAUGAUCGAGAUGUUCCACCUGCAUUAAUUAGUGUUGCAAUUUUACCCUUGUUCCAAGUGAUUUCUGAUUUGGAAAAGAGUGAAUCAAGGAAUACUGCUACGGAAAUGCUCUUAAUUAUUCAAAAAUUUCAGGCGUUACAAUAUGUGCCUUUGGAAUUUAAUGAGGUAAUGUUUAACCAUAAUGCCACAAAUUUGUUUAACAAUAUCUCUAAUCUAGACUAUGUAGCAGGUUUCCAUUCUACUAAAAUCACCAUUAAUACUUCGGUUCAUCUUCAUAUUUUACAUCAUGCUUUACCUUCAUUGGUUUCAACUACAGAUUCAACUAUUACCGCAAAGGUUUUGAAAGUUACCAUGAGUCUUGUUCAUAGGCAGGAAAUGAAUAAGGAAACAAAUUUAAACGCAGUUGGUAUCAGGAUGUUAUAUAAACUCUGGUUGAGACAAAGAAGAUGUUGGAAACAAUUACGAUUCAUAAUAUCAGAAUGGACAAAGAAGAGAAAAUUAGAAAGAUCUGCAUAUGAUGAUACUAAGCGUGAAAGGUUUGAAAUUGAGCUGGCAGUUUUAUCAACUAUUAGAGAUAUUUGUAAAUCCAAAGGAAGGGAUUAUGCUGAAGAAUUACUUCCCUUCAUAUCAAGUUUACUUCAAUCUGUAAUUUUACAUCCGAAGAGCUUAUAUUUGAUCAUAGAAACGUUAAAUGCAUGUAUAGAGGCCAAAGUAGUAGAAACUAGGGCAGUUUGGAUUGUAUUAAUGUCUUAUAUUGCCGACGCUAUUAUGCAGGCCAAUCCUUUGAAUAUGCUUUUAGUCUCAGGAUUAUGUCAGUUUUACAAAUUAAUUGACCAGUAUGGAGAUGACACUGAUGUUUACAAAGAAUUCAAGAAAAAUAUAUUAGAAUCAUACUUGUGUCCACUUAUAUUUCCUCAAAAAAAUUUAUAUACAUCAAAUCCAGAUCAAGAAGUUCAUGUUGAUGACUCUGUCCUGUUUAAAAUCCAACAAGAUUAUAGACUCCUAAAACCGGGUCUUAUGGCUAUUUCACAAUUUAAUGCAACUGAUAUAUUGUCGGUCUUUCCCACAUCAUCAGAAAUAUUGCUAUCUCAAAUUUUUAAUUUGAAUGAGAAUCUGAGUCAAGUUGAAGAGUGGCAAUUUGUAUUAAGCAAGAUAAUUUCACAUGAAGUCCAUAGCAUGAGACGAA